AGCGAACCUGCAAGCUACAACACUACUUCGGGUUUCCUCUCAGCUUGCUAAAAAUCUAUUCACAGCACAAUACAAAUAUGGCUCUCAUCAGCGAGGAGAGCAAGGACUUGCUCCAAGCCCAAGCCGAGCUCUACAACCAGGUCUUCAGCUAUAUGAAGUCAGUGGCACUUGCCGUUGCCUUGGAUCUCCGCAUUGCCGAUGCGAUCCACCACCACGGUGGCGCCGCCACCAUCUUCCAGAUAGCCGGAGAGAUUGGUGUCAACCCAUGUAAGAUUCCCAGACUUCGUCGCCUAAUGCGCGCUCUCACCGUCGCAGGAAUCUUCACCAUCCAGCCAUCAGAUGAACAAACUGUAAAAGCAUCGUCAGCCGGGCAUGAACCUGCUGCUGUCUACAAGCUGACAACAGCCUCCCGCAUCCUCAUUAGCAAGAGCUCGCCGAGCUUGUUCCCUACGCUGAGCCAGCAACUCAACUCCUUCCGCGACUCGGUGUUGAGCAUGGGGCUCAGCACCUGGUUCCGGCAUGAUGAACAGCCUGGCCCAUGCCCUUUCACCCUGAAGCAAGGCAUAACCUUUUGGGAGAAGUCCGAGCGCGACCAUGCAGCCAACGUGUCGUUCAACAACUCCAUGGCCGCACACAGCCGCUUCCUGAUGCAGAUUGUCUUGAAGGAGCUCAGUAACAUCUUCCAUGGAAUGGGUUCGCUGGUAGAUGUCGGUGGCGGGGCUGGGGGAGCCUCCAUCUCCAUAGCGGCGGCGUUCCCGUGUAUGAAAAAGUGUAGUGUGCUGGACCUCCCUCAUGUUGUCGCCAAGGCUCCCUCUGCUGCUUCUGUUAGCAACAACGUGCAGUUUGUUGCGGGUGACAUGUUUCGGAGCAUUCCACCGGCAAAUGCUGUCUUCCUCAAGUGGAUUUUGCAUGACUGGGGCGAUGAUGAGUGUAUCAAGAUAUUGAAGAAUUGUAAGCAAGCUAUCCCUUCAAGAGAUGCCGGAGGCAAGGCAAUAAUCAUUGAUAUUGUGGUUGGAUCUAAGCCAUCAGACACCAAGCUUCUAGAGACGCAAGUACUGUGUGAUCUGAAUAUGAUGAAAAUUGGUGGGGCUGAAAGAGAUGAGCAAGAGUGGAAGAAACUAUUCCUCGAAGCUGGAUUUAAGGACUACAAUAUUAUGCCGGUUCUGGGCCUCUGGUCGAUCAUUGAAGUAUAUCCAUGAAUACUCAGCAAACAAGAAGUCUGCUAGAGAAAUAAUAAAGCAUAUGGCGUGAUUGUAUUCUAGUUACUUUAUGUUGUUGGCAUUGGUGAAAUUUCAGUCAGUCUGAAUGUAUGGGUUCAGAUUCAAUUUCCUUUUUCUGUUUUAGCUCCCUGUUAAAGAGCAUGACCAAUCUGUUGUGUCAUUACCAUGUGUAUUCUUUACUCUGGAAUCUCUGUUA